CACACUGGAUGAAAGCUUUAUCCGCCACCAGAAAUAAAGUUGCUCUUCUUACAUCACGAAUAAAGAUAGUUAGACUUAUGUCAGACCGUCUGUCGAUAAAUACUUACAUAUAACGACGUAUCCAUGUAGACAUCCACUACCCGGAAUCAUUUAAUGCGACACAGGGGAUUAAUGGCUGCAGUCAAUGUACGGAUCUCCUCUCAUUGUUUACAUUUGGAAACGGUAUGUUCCCUGUGUUUUUGAGGCUGUCAUUGGUACAGGAUCAAACCUAACCCCACAGUGAUGAUACACAUCGCUAAAUUAACGUGAAAAUAUUCUUCCUGAGACAGUAUCAAGUCGACAAGCGGUGAACUAGCCCUGUUUGCUAACUAUCGCAGCUCCAUCUUUACUGUAGCGUUAUCGCCCGCUGCCCCAGAGAUGGCAAGUUAGUCUCCGUCUUUCGUUUGGCUUUCCUCCUGCUUGGAUCUCAAGGACAACCAAAUGACUGAGGGGGUAUAGCGGCCAGGUGAGCCUGAAGGCCAGACAAAAUCUCCAUUUGAGGAAUAUCGCAGGGUGCACAAUGUUUAGUGUACCUCAAAGCUCCAAGUCCGAGUUCCUGGACAAAGCCAGGCAGGCCAGGGAGGAGAGGAAAGGAUAUAAGGAGAAGGAGAAAGCAGCAACCAACAUCCAAGCCUUGGUCAGGAGAUUUCUCUGCCGCUGCAGACUCCAGAAGCAAAUAAGGAAAGAGGUUGAUGAUUAUUUUCAAGCUUCUGAAACUGGGACAUCAAAAAGAAAUGCACUCUCAAUUUUCAAAAUUGCUCGGAAAUUACUAUUCAUAUAUCGCCCAGAGGAUAAGAUGAGGUUUGAGAAGCUCUGCCGUGCUAUCCUUGCCAGUAUGGAGGUUGAAAAUGAACCUAAAGUCUGGUAUGUCUCCUUGGCUCUGUCCAAAGACCUCACUAUUCCCUGGCUCAAGCAGAUCAAAGAUGUGCUGUGGACGUGCUGUCAGCGACUGAAAACUUUAAAGCCUGACAUACUUCAGGACAACAAACUGGUAACGCUGUACCUCACCAUGCUGGUGACCUUCACGGACACUUCAACCUGGCGGAUAGUCCGAGGGAAGGGAGAAGCUCUCAGACCCGCGUUGACGAGGAUUUGUGAAAAUAUCAUGGGCCAUCUCAAUCAGAAGGGAUUCUAUUCAAUGCUGCAGAUCUUGCUGACCAAUGGCUUGGCUCGUUCUAAACCAUCUCUCUCCAAAGGCACCCUCACAGCUAUCUUCACUUUGUCAUUAAGGCCGGUCAUUGCUGCUCACUUCUCCGAUAACCUGCUAAGAUCAUUCCUCAUUCACAUCAUGUCAGUUCCAGCCGUCGUAUCCCACCUCAAUGUGCUUACUCCAGAGUGUAUGUCGUCCAUCCAGACCCACGACCUGCUGCGGAAGUUCAUUCUGUUUCUCAGCCGAGAAGAACAGUGUUUGGACAUCUGUGUGUGUCUCGAGGGGAGCCACACACUCUGCUUACUUGGCAACCUAAUUCACUUGGGCUACCUCAAUGAGAAAGUCCUUGAGGAAGAGGCCAACCAUUUUGUGAAGGACCUGACCGACAUGCUGUCCUACUGCCAGGGAUAUGUAUCCCAAAAGAAGUCCAACCUUACCCACUGGCACCCUGUCCUGGGCUGGUUCUCCCAAACUGUAGACUACGGUCUGAAUGAGUCAAUGCCGCUGGUCACUAAGCAGCUUCAGUACCUGUGGGGUGUUUCUGUUAUUCGGACACUCUUCAGUGACGUCCUCUCUAAAAAGCUGGAGAGUCAGGAGCCCACUCCGCCACCCCCGCAACCUAGCACGUCACAAAACAAUCUGCCAGUUAAAAACCUCUUCAAACGAGCAUUUCAGAAGUCGGCUUCUGUACGAAACAUCCUGAAACCGGUCGGAGGGAAGCGAGUCGACUCGGCUGAAGUUCAGAAGGUGUGCAGCAUCUGCGUGCUCUAUCAGACGGCUCUGUCUACACUAACGCAAAUACGACUCCAGAUACUCACCGGUCUGACACAUCUUGAUGAACUUUUGCCCAAACUGUGGGCUUUCAUCUGUGAACUCGGCCCACAGGGAGGCCUCAAACUCUUCAUGGAGUGUCUGAACAAUGACACUGAAGAGUCCAAGCAGCUCCUGGCUAUGCUCAUGCUCUUCUGUGACUGCUCACGACACCUCAUCACAAUUCUGGAUGACAUAGAAGUGUAUGAAGAACAAACAUCUUUCAAGAUAGAGGAACUCCUCACUAUCUCCUCGUUUUUAAACACGUUUGUGUACAAGAUGAUAUGGGAUGGUAUCUUAGAAAAUGCCAAGGGAGAGAAACUGGAGUUGUUCCACAGUGUUCAUGGCUGGUUGAUGGUGCUUUAUGAACGGGACUGCAGGCGACGCUUCACCCCUGAUGAACACUGGCUACGCAAGGAUCUAAAACCCAGCCUGUUGUUCCAAGAGCUGGAGAAAGGCAAGAAAAGAGCCCAGCUUUUACUGCAGUACAUCCCACAUGUCAUUCCACAUAAAAACAGGGUGCUUCUGUUCAGGAACAUCGUUACAAAGGAAAAAGAAAAUUUAGGAUUGAUAGAAACAAGCUCUGCUUCACCGCACGUCACUCAUAUUACCAUUCGCCGCUCACGGAUGUUAGAGGACGGAUAUGACCAGCUCCGCCGAUUACCAGCGAAUUCGAUAAAAGGCGUCAUUCGUGUGAAGUUUGUCAAUGAUCUGGGAGUAGAUGAAGCAGGUAUCGAUCAGGAUGGUGUGUUCAAAGAGUUUCUAGAGGAGAUCAUUAAGAAAGUGUUCAAUCCUGCUCUCAACCUGUUCAGGACUACAAGUGGAAAUGAAAGGCUGUAUCCUUCACCUACAUCAUACAUUCAUGAGAACCAUUUGCAGCUGUUUGAGUUUGUGGGGAAGAUGCUGGGGAAAGCUGUCUAUGAGGGCAUCGUUGUGGACGUCCCUUUUGCCUCCUUCUUCCUCAGUCAAGUCUUGGGUCACCACCACAGCACUUUCUACAGCUCCAUCGACGAGCUGCCCUCACUGGACUCUGAGUUUUACAAGAACCUCACUUCCAUCAAGCGCUAUGAUGGAGACGUAGGGGAUCUAGGACUGACGUUGUCCUAUGAUGAGGAUGUUAUGGGGCAGCUUGUCUGUCAUGAGUUGAUACCUGGGGGGAAAACCAUGCCCGUCACCAACGAAAACAAGAUCAGCUACAUCCACCUCAUGGCUCACUUCCGGAUGCACACGCAGAUUAAGGAGCAAACGGCAGCUUUCAUUCGGGGCUUCCGCAGUAUCAUUAACCCGGAGUGGCUGCACAUGUUUUCCACGCCUGAAGUUCAGCGUCUUGUCUCGGGAGACAAUGCUGAGAUUGAUCUGGAUGACCUGAAGAAACACACGGUCUACUAUGGAGGUUUUCACAGCAGCCAUCGAGUCAUCAUCUGGCUGUGGGACAUCCUGUCUAGUGACUUCAAUGCUGAAGAGAGGGCUAUGUUCCUUAAAUUUGUCACCAGCUGCUCGAGGCCGCCUCUUCUAGGUUUUGCCUACCUCAAACCACCUUUCUCCAUCCGUUGUGUGGAAGUUUCAGAUGAUCAGGACACUGGAGACACCCUUGGCAGUGUUCUUAGGGGCUUUUUCACUAUCCGCAAGAAGGAGCCUGGUGGGCGGCUUCCCACUUCAUCAACAUGCUUCAACCUGCUCAAGUUGCCCAACUACAGCAAGAAGAGCAUCCUGCGCGAUAAGCUGCGCUACGCUAUCAGCAUGAACACAGGCUUUGAGCUCUCCUAACUCCAUCGCAUCAGGACAAUCUGAACUAAGCAAGAUGCUCAGCUUACCUGGAUUGGAGCCUGUCACGUCAAGGGGGCAUCACGGGAACAAAAGGGGAAUCAUGAAGAAACCACAAACUCUCCUUUUGUUUUUUGUUUUAGAACUGGAUGAGCUCUGCUCUAUUUCAGCCCACUCCCUUACAUCAAAGGGGAUGCUGUCUCUGCAGCACAAUCCAAUUUUUAGCAUCUCCCUUUGCCACUUUCGAAAUCCAAUAUGUUGUGUGUUUAACUUGAUGAAAUACAGAUGUUUAGUGGCUAGAUCUCUGUUUCUCAGGCUUAACAGAAUCAUUCUCGGAUCUAACACUCCCAUUUUAAGCGAACUGGAAAGCAAUACAGAUGCAAUGCAAGCCAUUAGACACGGGGUCGACUCACUCGAGCGAAACCAAGCGGGGCAUUGUUAAUAUACUUAUAAGCUUGGACUCCAUUAUCCAAGCAACUUUUAGCUGAUAUUGGAUGAGUCUUAAAAUGUUUUGCUGAACAUAAUGCAUCUUUUAUAAAUGAAAGACAAAUCUAUGUCUUGUGUUCAACCUCCACGAAGGAGGAGUGGCUCACAACAGUGAUCCUGUGUUUAUUACAUUAUGUCCCAUUUUUUGAGGAAAGUAAUUUUGACCUCACUCCAUUUCUCUCCACCAACAGACACUUUAGCUACCUGAGAGACAUUUGCUCUCUGCUUUUUAUGUUCUCAAUACAUUUGGAAAUCUAAAGUGGCAGAAUUUCAUAACGUGAAAAAAACCCCGAUCUGAUCCAGUUGUUUGAGUACCAAAAGAUGUCCUUGCUGUAGCAAUUUUACUUUUGAGUAAAAAACAAAACAAAACUUGUAAUGUUUUGUUACUAUUUGUAUCUGCCCAGUAAAGCAGACGCAGCUGUUCAUUGUCACACAUCAGUGCUCGACACCCACUCCAGAAAAAUGAAGUAAUGAAGGAAAGUUAAUCGAUGAUGUUAGUCUUUGUACUUAAUACUAGUAAAACUGAAGAUUUCUCACUACACCUUUGAAGAACGCUGAGUGCCUCAUAUAUAAUACCAUCCCCCAUCCGCUCUCACAUCUCUGACUGUAUUUCAGCUGUAUCCAACAACCACGUAUACGGAAACAAGCCAUAGAAACGGGGGCUAUAUACCUGGACUCUCUGCUCCUACUAACAAAACAGUGCAGAAACUCAACCACUGUUGAGUUGUUGUACUACCACUACAACAACAGCAACAACCGAGGAGGGUUUUACUACGAUGCUCUCUGAUCUGUGGACUUUUUAAGCCAUGCGGAAAAUAAUUUGAGGUUUAAAAAUCUCUCCAUAUGAUGUCAUGGACUGGUUUCUCAACCAAAUGCGAGUGCUUGAUUUGAUGUUCCCUUGGAUGGAAAUGUUGCACACCUCUCUGCUGUUUGUGGCUGUUGGGAAAAGGGACAUGAGGGGGAAUGUUACCUUAUAAGCCUAAAUAUUACUUUAUACAGGGUUCAAUUGCAUCAUAACAUUUAUGAAUAGACUUUACCAGAAAGACUACAACUCUCAAAGAAAGAGUUGAAAGAAAACAUCAAAUCUUUACCAAGUUCUUUAUUAUGCAAAAAAAUAUGUCCUGUUAUGAAUGAAUAUGGAUACUUUUGUUAACGAGUUACACAAGCUAUAGAACAUACUGAUAAUUGCCAUGUUUCUAACUAGUAAUAUCAUGGCCACUAACUGGUGUGAAAACAACAAAACAAGUGAUUAUAAUUAAAAUUCAACCAUUCUCUCUCUAUACAUACACACACACACAUAUAACAAUGGUUGUAUUGAAUUUACUUGCAGUCUACUAAUGAGAUUAAGCUAUAUUCAAAUCUGACAAAUCAGUCUGGAGGCUUCAGCUCUCCUUUUAAUCUCUUCAAGCAAGAAGCAGAAACACAGCGAGUGGAUUCACACGACACACAACGCGUGUUGUGCAAGAGGGAUGAACGAUACCUCACAAGCUUGUCUGUCUGGUCUGAUGAGGUCACUCAUCUGUUUUAAAUGAUGUCAAGAGUAGGCUAGGCUUUAAAUGUACCAGUGGAGUCCUGAUGCUGACUUUGAAUAUCCACUCUUUUAGUACAAACAAUAAUAAAAAGAAAUUAUCCUGUAAAUGUU